GUUUUAGUAUUGGAAAAGUCUCACUGCAUGGCCCCACGAUGACAUGGAAUUUUGAGAGCUUGAGAGAUGAAUGCAGCAAGCCAAUUUCAAUGACCUAAAAGUCGUAAUAAAUACAAAGGAAGUGGUCGCACUUCUUGUAGUUGUGGAUUCAGAAAUAUGGAUUGCUUGGUUCUGAUUCUGUGUCUGUACCUCCUCUGGGGCUUGUUCCAAGCUCUCUCCUUCGUCGCCAACAGGGGCCGAAGAGCUCGGCCCUCCAACCUACCCCCCGGUCCGCGGCCUCUCCCGAUCAUCGGCAACCUCCUCGAGCUCGGAGAUCUUCCCCACAAGUCCCUGGCCAAGCUCGCCCGCACCUAUGGCCCCAUCAUAAAACUGGAACUUGGCUUCGUGACUACGGUAGUGGUCUCUUCGCCGAAGCUCGCCAAAGAGAUCCUCCAGACCCACGACGCUGUCUUCUCGAAUCGCACGGUUCCCAAUUCCAUCACGGCCCAUGACCAUGACAAACUAGGCUUGCCCUAGCUACCCGUUUCGCCUCUCUUCCGAAACCUCAGGAAAGUAUACAACUUGCAUAUCUUCUCCAGCAAAAAACUCGAUUUGAACCAACACCUUCGCAGCAAGAAAGUUCGAGAGCUGGUCGCCUUCGUGAGGAAAUGCGCAGAUGCUGGCGAGGUGGUGAAUAUCGGUGAGGGGGCUUUCAGGAACAGCCUUAACGCGGUAUCAAACACGCUUUUCUCUUUGGACAUGAUCGAACCUUUGAAUCCAGCAGGAGAUCUGAAGGAGGUGGUGUGGCAAAUUUUUUAUGAGAUUGGAAAGCCUAACCUGGCGGAUUACUUUCCCAUGCUCAAGAAGAUCGACCCGCAUGGUUCGAAGCGUCACCUUGAGGUGCUUAUCCAGAAGAUGUUCGACUUUUUCGAUGGUGUGAUCCAGAGAAGGUUGCAGCUGAGGACAGAGAAGGGUUGCGUGAGGUGUAACGAUGUUUUGGAUUAUCUCCUUGAUUUGAUUGAAGAGAAAAAUGAGACCCUGGACAUCUCCCUAGUCAAGCAUCUAUUUCUGGACAUAAUCACCGGCGGUAGCGAAACCACUUCGAGUACUCUGGAGUGGGCAAUGACAGAACUACUUCGAAACCCAGAAAAGCUAUCAAGAGCCCAAGCUGAGCUCCAUCAAGUCAUUGGCAAAGGCAAGACGAUCGAAGAAGCCGAUAUUUCUCGCUUGCCCUAUUUAGAAGCUGUCUUGAAAGAGACUUUCCGGUUGCACCCAAUAGCUCCUCUCCUUCUUCCUCGAAAAUCUGGGGAAGAGUUUCCUAUAGGCGGUUUCACCAUUCCAAAGGGUGCACAGGUUUACAUAAAUGUGUUCGCGAUAGGACGAGAUCCGAGCAUUUGGGAUGAUCCAGACAAGUUCGUGCCCGACAGAUUUCUUGGAUCUGAUAUUGAUGUUAGGGGACAAAACUUUGAGCUGGUACCGUUCGGUGGUGGCAGGCGGAUUUGUCCGGGGUUGCCAUUGGCCACGAGAAUGUUGCCUUUGAUGCUCGGUUCGCUCAUCAACAUAUUCAAUUGGAAGCUCGAAGAUGGUGUUAUCCCCGAGAACAUGAACAUGGAAGAAAAGUUCGGAUUAGCCGUCCAAAAGGCUCAAUCUCUAAAAGCUGUGCCCAUUCCUAUAUGAAAGAAGAAAAAGAAAUGCAUGUUCGUGUUACAUUCUACGUAAUUAUGAUUGGUUGUGAUGAUUGCAUCGUCUAUUUACAGAAAAAAAGCGCUAUUCAAUAUUUUGGUAAAAAAUGCGCACUUUUUCUUGAAUUUGUAUCCUGGCAAAACAAAGAGAUAUUAGAGAGCAAAAAGGAUUUCUCAGUAUAGUAGAUGUAGAAGAAGAGGCCAGAGUUUUGGGAAAUCUUACCUCUCUUUAUCUGUGUAACCUUUUUUCCUUACAAUCUGUAUGCGGUGAUAACUUUCAGUCUGAGACAGAGGUCUUCUCAGAUCUUAAAGAGCUUAUACAUAAAAGUACUGUCCGAUGCUUGCGACAAUUUACAACUGUCGAAGCUGCUGAAGAACCUCAAGACCCUCCAGAUCAAACUUUGUGAUGAAAUUAAAGAGCCAUUUACUCGUGCCCCUGCAGAGUGUAAGUUGCAGACCUUGGAUCUCAUGGAAUUACCAAAGCUGGAGAGAAUCGGUGUUACUAUGGCCUUGUCGCAAGUAUUGGAUGUGAGGCUGUGUCCAAAUCUUACGAGUCUAUAAAAACUCUUGAAGAAGCCAAAAAUUCUGGAGGUUCUCUAUAUUUCCGGUGCGACUAGGCUGGAGACCAUAUGUGGUCAGAAAAUGAAGCCUGAGAGCCUCGAGAAUCUGAAACAACUGAAAAUCGAAUACUGUUCCAAGCUCGAAAGAGCUAUUUAAACCUCAUGCGCCUGCAGAGUGUACAUUGCAGACCUUGGAUCUUAUGGAACUACCAAAGCUGGAGAGAGAAUUGGCGUUACAAUGGCCUCCUUGCAAGUACUGAAAGUGAGGCGUUGUCCAAAUCCCAAAGAGUUCAGAAGGAACUCUUGGAGAUGCCGAAAAUGUAGAGGUUCUUGAUAUUUCCGGUGCUGAUAUUUCUGGAUGCUGUUUUGUCUGAUUUUCUUUCUGUUGAGUAUGCGCAACGAGGAAGAUGACUUUUCGUGAGAAA